AUGACUUCCUACGAAUGGCUGGACCUGGGUAUACAGCAUUUAUCAGAGUCUGUGUUUAUGAGACUAAGUCACCUACUGGGGUCCCCACAGACGGUGGACUUAAGAGGAAUGAUAAUAAAUCAAGUAAUGAAAACAAGAGAAGAAGACAGAAUAAUGACUAGUGGGAGUUACAGAGAAGGAUUCAGGUUAGAGGGAUCAGAUAAGGAUGAAAUGUUUUGGCCAAAUGACCACACGGUAAUAUGGGACUUAGAUCAGGUUCAGAAAUACGACUUAAGUAGAAAAACACUGAUUCUCUGUGAUUGUACGGAGAGCCGACCAGGAUUUGGUUUACUUGAGUUACUGACACCAACACACAGGGAAUAUUUAAAGAAUGCGUGUAUGAGAAUAAAUGACAGACUCUAUAUAUCCAGUUCCAAAUACAGACAGAUCACAUGUUCAGUAGUUUUUCCUAAUUCUACAGAACAUGGUCCGUGUGGUAGUUGUGUUAUAGGGGGAACAGAGUAUGACGCUGCGCAUUGUUUUAUAAGUGAUUUCUGGCCCCCUCCUGCCUCCAGAUGGAUAGACAGAUGUCACACAUGGCCCCCGUCUUAUAUUGUUGAUGAUAUUGUCAGAAAUGGAUGCCACUUUGUAGCAAUAGGACAUAAACUCGGAAAACAUGCAGACAAAGAAUGGAGAAUUUCCUUUUCUUUAGCAGAACAAAAACUUGUAUAUUCAAUGAACUAUUGCCAAUUCUUAACCUAUGGGCUGCUAAAAUUGUUCUUAAAAGAGUCUAUUAAUAAUGGAUUAAACAGCAGUUUUCUGACACCAACACACAGGGAAUAUUUAAAGAAUGCGUGUAUGAGAAUAAAUGACAGACUCUAUAUAUCCAGUUCCAAAUACAGACAGAUCACAUGUUCAGUAGUUUUUCCUAAUUCUACAGAACAUGGUCCGUGUGGUAGUUGUGUUAUAGGGGGAACAGAGUAUGACGCUGCGCAUUGUUUUAUAAGUGAUUUCUGGCCCCCUCCUGCCUCCAGAUGGAUAGACAGAUGUCACACAUGGCCCCCGUCUUAUAUUGUUGAUGAUAUUGUCAGAAAUGGAUGCCACUUUGUAGCAAUAGGACAUAAACUCGGAAAACAUGCAGACAAAGAAUGGAGAAUUUCCUUUUCUUUAGCAGAACAAAAACUUGUAUAUUCAAUGAACUAUUGCCAAUUCUUAACCUAUGGGCUGCUAAAAUUGUUCUUAAAAGAGUCUAUUAAUAAUGGAUUAAGUGAUGAAGAUAAAUUACUGUGUUCUUAUCAUAUGAAGACAGCAGUUUUCUGGGCGAUUCAACAAAACACACUACCUAACUGGCAUCCACAAAAUUUUCUUCAGUGUUUCUGGGUCUGUUUCAAACUUAUCCUUAAAUGGGUGUAUGAGGGGGCUUGCCCAAACUUCUUUAUUUUUGAAAACAACAUGUUCCUGGGUAAAAUUCAUGGUGAAGCACAAAAACAUUUAUUCUUUAGGCUUCAUAAAUU